AUGUUUGCAGCAACCCCCACCGUAGCCGCAUCCCUGGCCUACGAUUGUUUGAAUUCCGUGCCCCUGAACUCAGAUGCUGCGCUUGAGCUCGUGGAUGCCAUCGCGCCUUAUCUCGAGUUCCAAAGCGGUAUUGCCUUCCUGAAGGACCCGCCCCCAACUUACUUCUACCCGCCCUUUGACAUUUUUGCAAAGCUUGCCUCGGUCAAGGCGAACCUCCAGAACAAUUCCUAUGCCAAUGAAUACGAGUUCCAGGCAGACCUUUACCAGGUUUUUGCUCCGGCGCAUGAUGGACACUACAUCAUGUACCCUGAUCUCCUCACUAGGGCUUUUGAUUGGGGAAGACAGAGGGCUCUGGUUUCUAUUAGCAGUGACGGGGUAGAGAUUCCUCAGAUCUAUCUUUAUGAGGAUGUUACUUCAUCUCCGUCAACCGCCUCCGUUGUCAAGUUGAUCAACGGAAUUGAUGCCUCAACCUAUGUUGCUGAUUGGGCGUACACCGCGUCUUUCAACCAAGAUGCAGAUGCGGCCUACAACACCAUGUUCUUCGAAAAAGCUUUCGAGGCAGGUGGCACUGGAAACGGGUACUUUUAUAUCAACGGUCGUGUCAGAUAUAUAUACCCUGGGCCAAACACCACCUUUACUUUCGAGAAUGGAACGUUCCUUGACCUCGAAAACAUUGCUUAUGUAAAGGGCAACUUUUCAAGCGUCACGGAUGGCUCAUCAUUUUACGAGGUCUUCUGUAACCCCAAUGGAGAAGCAGCUUCAGCGCAGGGUCAGACAGCAGCGGAGGAUGUUGUCAUUGCCCCGGGCUACCCUGCUCCUGUUAUCACGACCAAUGAUUCCAUUGUUUCCGGCUACUAUCUGGAUGGCGAAGGAUUUGAAGACGUUGCGGUGAUUAGUCUUUUGGCAUUCGAGUCAGAAUCCCCGCUAGAAUUCCAAACGGUGGCCCAAAACUUCUUUGCUGAUGCCGUUGCCGCGGGCAAGAAGAAGCUUGUUAUCGAUCUCAGUGCCAAUGGAGGUGGAUAUAUUCUGCAGGGCUACGACCUGUUCAGGCAGCUAUUUCCCCACAUUAUCCAAGAGGACUACACCCGAUUCAGGGAGAAUGAGUAUUUCUUGGAUAUCGCCCAAGUCAUAUCGGAUGCCAUUCCAGCGGAUUACAAUCCAGAAACUGCCUCCAAUGAACUCAUCAACGACUACGAGACUUUCUUCAACUACAGAUACGACUACAACUCCACCGAACAGCCUUUCGAAACCUUUGACGCCAAGUUCGCUCCUCACGUCUACAAAGGUGAUUCAUUCACGAACCUAGUUCGAUGGAACUUCAACGACCCUCUCACAACCGUCAACACAACCUACGGCUUUGGCACCGAGGUCACUGGAUACGGCAGCAGAAGCAACUUCACGCAACCCUUUGCCGCCGAAGAUAUCAUCAUGCUGUACGACGGCUACUGCGCCUCGACCUGCACCAUUUUCAGCGAAUUCAUGCGUCUCCAGGGCGGCGUGAAAUCGAUCGCCAUGGGCGGCCGGCCGAACACCAACCCCAUCCAAGGCGUCGGCGGCAUCAAGGGCGCGCAGAUCUUCGGCUUCGGUGAUUUCCAGUACUACGCGCAGCUAGCCAUCAGCCAGACAACCGACGCCGACAAAAUCUCCACCCUCAACCAGCUGUCCCUCCUCCCGGUGUACCGCAGCACCAGCACGGGCAUCAACCUGAGAGACAACAUCCUGCCCGGCAACGUCAACGAUGGCGUCCCCGCGCAGUACGUCGUCGAGGAAGCCGACUGCAGAUUGUUCUACACCCUCGACAUGGUGAACGAUGUCCGCGCCCUGUGGAAAGCGGCCGCGAACGCGGCCUGGAAUGGCGGCAAGUGCGUCGCGGGCGCGGGCCUCGCCAAGCGGGACGAACCCAAGAGAGCAGCAGCGAGGAAGAUGCGCCGGGAUGUGGAUAUCAAGCGUGACCUGGUCCGGAGGACCGAGGCGUUCAAACGUAUGGAGUUGGAGAAGGCCGUGGAUCCUUUGUUCCGAGCGAAAUAUGGUAGGAAGGCUAUUUAG